CGGAGUUAUUGUAAGAGCCGCUGCCCGCCCUUUGCUCUCUUUUUCCACUUCACUUUGGAGUUUGAGCGCCUCGGCUAUUUUACCAGCAAGAGCAACCUGGUAGGUCUUUGCUCUUCUUCUACUCCUACAUCCUCUCCACUAGCGAAACGACGUCGCUAUUGCCAUCGGCGGCUUCUUCCUCACCAUCUAACUUCUCCAGUGCAAGUACCUGUAGCUGUACUCGGAGUGGACUUCCAAAGAUUCAGUGAUAGUCAUGGAAACAGAUGAGGAGCAGCGGGUGCUUCCGUUUCAGCUUCAAUUUGACAAACCUGUCACUUCUCAGAUCAAAAUUGCGGAGUGGAAUCCGGAGAAGGAUUUACUUGCCAUGGUGACAGAGGAUUCUAAGAUUUUGCUCCAUAGAUUCAAUUGGCAGAGGUUAUGGACUAUCUCCCCUGGAAGGUGCAUUACGUCACUGUGUUGGCGUCCUGAUGGUAAAGCAAUAGCUGUUGGGCUUGAAGAUGGAACCAUUUCCUUGCAUGACGUUGAGAAUGGGAAGUUAUUGAGAAGCUUGAAGUCUCAUACUGUUGCAGUUGUGUGUCUUAAUUGGGAGGAGGAUGGACAACUGAAUAGGGAUGAUUCUCCUAACUUAUCAACUUAUGAAGACCGUACUCCUCGUUUCUUCCCUCCUGCUCCUCGGCCUCCUCGGACACUUGGUGUGGUGUGUGGAGACACUGGUUUCAUGGAUGACAAUGAAGAUUUAUAUCAAGAGUUGUCAAAUUCUUCAUACCAACGAUUUAAUGUUCUGUGUAGUGCAGACAAUGAUGGAAACAUUUGCUUCAGUAUAUUUGGAAUAUUUCCGAUAGGAAAAAUUAACAUACACAAGUCUUCUGUUUCCACCCCCUUUGUGGAUAAACAAUCUGCUCACCAGUUAAUGAAUGCCUCUAUCUACAAGGUUGCUUUGUCAAAAGACCUUUGUCGUUUGAUUGUCAUGUGCUCAGGGGAACUUGAUGAAAAUAUGACUGAAUUGAGACAAAGUCAAAUGGCUGCGCAUGGUAUGAAUGGCUCGCAUGGCUUAGUGCUUGAUACAUCUAUAUUUUUUAAUAGGAAAAAUGAGCUCCAUCAAUUGGCCCAACAAGCUUCUAACAUUGAGGAGUUAACUGAGGUUAUCCGGGCCUCAUUGUCAGUUAUGAUUAAGCAGUGGUCAGAUGCAAUGCGCACGUUUCAUGAAAAGUUUGCUUCCUUAUCUACUUUGAUAAUUGACCACGCCCUGGAUUCAUCUCCUCAAGAGGAGUUCCUAAGCCUUUUGGGUGGUGCUCGGACCAGUCCAGCAGUACACCAGUUUCUGGUUAAUACUCUUGGUGAAGUGGGGGUGAAACGUGUGUCAAAGGUUGUUUGUGGUGCAGCAAAAGAACUUCAGCGUAUUGUUCUUGAUCACAUGCAGCCUGCUGCAGAAAUUAUUGCAUUUAGGAUGGGAGAACUAAGAGCCCUUUCAAGAUGGCGUGCACGAUUCCAGGGUAUUGGUUUGGAUGAGGUGCUUAUCAAUAAUGCAACAGAAAGAUCUGGCAUGAUAUUAGUACAAAUUGAACGGUUUAUGAGGGUCCUUGCAUCUGUGGAACAGCAGUUUUCAAAUUUCUUCAAUUGGCUUCUUAAAUGUAUAAAGCUUCUUAUGCAAGAACCAAGUGAUCAGCUUCUGCCGUAUAACAGUGAACUGGUUGUCAUAUUCUUGAAGUUCUUGUAUGAUCAAGAUCCAGUUAGCCAGUUUCUGGACCUUUCUGAAGUUCAUAAUAUUGAAGUGGACUUGGAAACAAUGCAGAGAGUCAAAGAAUUAGUUCAGUUUGGAGGGUUUUCGGAUAGUGAAUAUCUGCGAAGGACAUUAGCUAAAGAGUUUCAAGAAAUGGAGUGUAGCUUCAAGGAGGCUUUUCAGAUGCCCUUUUUGUCAAUCUCAAGAAAAAUAGUUUGUGAGGAUUUGCUGCCACUGUUUCCACUUCCAUCUUCAUCAGCAUCUACGUCCAUGAUAAUUCCCAUGUCAAUAUCAUAUUAUGAGGAAGUCUCUGAAUCAGUUUCAUCUUGUCAACAUGGCCUUGUUGAUUACAUAUGCUUCCAAGUACCAAAUGAACCUACUUCAAAUAUUUCAAAUUGUAUAGGCAUAGCGAGAGGAUUUAUGUGCAACUUGAGCAGUUUAAAGAAGAGCCAAACAUCAUUGGAAGCUGUAUUGUUGUCUAUUCCUGCUGGUUAUGAAUGUGUUGAUCUGUCUUUAUAUAAGGAUACUCAUAUUGUGUUGCUAUUAAAUGGGACUGUCACAUCUUCUGAAAGCUCCGGAGAUGCUUGUAUGAUGGUUGUGCAAGCUAGAGACCUUCCUUUCAUAUCUCUUUCGAGAUCCAGUUCCCUGAACGUUUGGACAUCACAUCAACUUAAGGAUGCUGUUGUACAGCUGCAAAUGGAGAAUGAGAAGGUUCGCUACAUUCCUCAUUCUGUCGUAGCUCCAUUGGCAGUUAGUGCAUCGAGAGGCGUAGCCUGUGUUUUUGCUGCAAGAAAGCGUGCCUUGGUUUACAUACUGGAAGAAGAUGAAGAUGAAUCUUGGAUUCAGAAUGACUUGCUCUUUCUGGGUGAAUUUAAUCACUUUGCCCCACAACAAAUCUUUUGAUUAAUUUUAUUUAGCAUUCAUUGCCAUGUAUAAACCUUGUUAUUUCCAAUAGGUGUAAUUCAAUCAAUUAGUAUUUUCCCGAA